GCGCAUGCCGUUCUUUUCUAUGUGUAUUCACGCUUACAACAUGGCGACGAAACACAUUGGGAUGAACGUUUGAGUUUAUAAAACAUCUUCGGCUAGGAUAGCAACGAAGUACAUUUCUAAAAAAGCCUUCUCAAAUCGAGGGGUAAUUGUUUAUAUAUUUGUUUUUAAAAUUGUAUUGUGAAAAUAUGAAUUGUACCACGAACGUAGUGCAAGUGACGAACGUGUCGCCAAGCACAACAUCUGAGCAGAUGCGAAUGCUGUUCGGGUUUCUUGGAACCAUUGAAGAACUCAAAUUGUUUCCACCAGAUGAAUCGCCUCUGCCAGUGACGUCGCGUGUGUGUUUUGUGAAGUUCCAAGAGUCGGAGUCCGUGGGAGUUUCUCAGCAUCUGACCAACACAGUCUUCGUGGACAGAGCGCUGAUCGUCGUCCCUUUUGCCGAAGGUUGGUGCUUUGUUCUCCCCUCUUCAGUAUGAAUGAUCCUUGACUGUAUGACGUAGUUAUGGGAGAGUGACGCGCCCAUUAAUUUCAUGGAGUUCUAUGAUCCUGUGGUUUGAGAUACUAUUUAAGCAUGUGUCCUAGCUAUUUCAGAUCCUAGUAUCCAUUCUCGAUCUGGCAAGCUUAUCUGAUUCUGUGAUAAAUGAUUCCAUGUCACUUUCCCAGUGUCUUGUACAAUCCUCUUGCUAAUUACAAUGAGAGAUUUCUAUAUCAGAUGUCUCAACCCAUAUCCAUGGUAUACUGUGGAACUAAAUACCAAACAUAUAACCACCAUACACAUCAUUUAUUAUAUAAAGCUACUGCCACACUGUAAGGUCAUAAUGCCACCCAUGAUGUAUUGGACUUGAUAGACACUAAACAACACAGAUGACUUUAAGUCUUUAGUGGUCUCCAGAGCCUAUUCUUUGCCGCCACCCCUUUACCAGUAACCACAGUAUACCAAUAUCUGCUUUAGGGACAGGCACUUGCUUCGACAGAGAGAGCUGAACAAGCCCAGACUGUGCACGGGCAGACAAAAAGAAAGCAGAGAGGAACUUAUAUGUAUAUGAAAACUUAACCAUGCUUUUUAUUUUCUCCCCCAUAUUGGACUAUCCUCUAUUAAACUUCUCUGUUAUUUGUGUGUGUGAUUUGUUGUAGUGGAGAAGGCAAAAGCAGAGCCCCCUCCUUGAUGGCUGAAAGUGGUCCUCUGCCUGCCAACAGGGGAUUGUAGACAAUUACAAAAGGCCAGCAAGCAUUCAAGCAGCCCCCCAACCCCUUCUCUUUCUCUUUUUUCUGUGUCCUUUCUUCUUUCUCUCAUUUUCUAUUCUCUAUGUAUUUUAGUUUAAGUGGAAUGCAGUAGUUAGAUAUUACCAUAAGGCAGAUCACAUGUAUAACACAACAUGUUAUUUGACUACUCACAAGUCUAUUUAUCAAAAUAGGUAUUUUAAUAAUCUGACCUGUAUAACAUCUAAUCUAAUUCUCAUUGGAUCCAAAUGGUCACUGAACAGUGAACAAUACACAUACAUCUCAAUGACAUGGCUAUUGCUACACCUGCAUUUCAUACUUUUUUUCACCUUUAGCGUUAAGGCACUUCCUGGUUUGGGGAGUUGGGUGAACCCUAGUUGCAAUCUAGUAUCCAAUUUUAAUUUAGCUAAAAAUUUGAUGCACUCACUCAACACUCGCUGUCCCUCAAAUUGGCAGAUUCAAAUAACUAGGCUGUGUUUUCUAUGUUGACCAGUGAUACUGUACUUUAAGGUUGCUGACUAUCUAGUUGUCGUUAAUUGUCUUAGAUAUCCACCCACAUGACAAUGGCAACUGGUUCAGUGCUCUCUCUUUAACAGUGGUCUUUCUUUUUUGUUGUUGUGUUUUACAGUUCUUUUUCCUGGCUCAGCCAGUCCUGUAAACCAGGCCCUGCUGAAAAUACCACCCAACCGUUUUGUCUCCUGCAGCUAAAUUCUCUCUCCCAUGUGCCAUUUUUUAAAAUGUUUUUUUUUUGUGGGUGUGUGCGUAUGUGUGUCUGUCUUGGUGUGUGUAUGUUUGUGUCUUCUGUUAAAAAAAAUGUUAUUUUUCCCGUUGCAUCUUGAUUAAUUAAGAUAUUGUAUGUUUCCUUUUUUAGGUAGCAUUGGUAACAUUGAGAUGUGAAACCAUAGUUUUUUUUGCCCUAUAUUAGUCAGACAUAAAAAACAAGCUAAUCUAAAGUUGCCAAGUUGAUUAUUAAACUUUAAAGCAUUAAUUUUAAGCAUAUUUGAUGCAGUGACAAGUAAGGUUCUUGGAAGAGUAGAUAUCGCCUACCUAGAAUUUGAUUGCUAGCUAGGUUAUUUUUCUACGUAUUGCUGGUAAGUAGUAGAAACUGACUGUAUAGUAUUUACUGUUGACCUCCAACUCUCUGAAAUUCUUUUUGUUUUGUGUAUCUCGAUUUUUUUUCCUUUUUUUUUCUCUGUGCUCCUUAGUAGUGAAGCCACCAACGUGAGUCGCUUGUUCAAUCUAUAUGAAAAUUGAGAGCACACCCCACUGGAGAAGCCGCUGUGCUAGCUAACGUUUGGUUCAUGACUUAAAAUACACUUUCAGGUGAUACAAUCUUGGCAGAGUUCAGUGGAGUAGUGUGUAUUGUGAUAUACUUUUUUCCCAACCGUAGAAGAAUAACUAUCUACAAUGAUUAAAAGAAUAAAGGGAACAAACCUUCUCAAAUGUAGCAGCUAUCUAAGGUGUUAUCCCAGAGGAGGCUAAGGCUUUGUCACUGCUGGCGCCAGCAAAUGCUGUUGCAGGGAUUAUGUCCGGAGGAGGUCUCCUUCCAACACCUAACCCCAUGUCCAAUCCACAGGUAGGACUUCUCCCAACACCAAACCCCAUGUCCUAUCCACAGAUGGGAGGCAAUCCUUUCGGUGGUCCCUCCAUGGAUGCGAUGGCAGCGUUUGGGUUUUCAAACCCCAAUAUGAAUAUGAAUAUGAAUCCCCAGUCUUUUCCCACUGAGCAGCUUCUGAAGUUUAUGACACAGGUGGAUCCAAAAAUGAACCACAUGAGUGUAGGGAUGAACAUGAACAUGAAUCCAGGCCUGAAGGCAGACUCCUCCAACAAAGAGAUAGAAGUGGCCAUGAAGAGGGUCAGAGAGGCCCAGUCCCUAAUCUCUGCUGCCAUCGAGCCUGGCAACAAGGAGAGCAAGAGGAAGCACUCGCGUUCCAGGUCCAGGUCCAGACGCAGAAGGUCCCGUUCUCGCUCUAGACACAGGCGUUCAAAGAGCAGGUCUAAGCGACGUUCACACUCCAGGAGCAGGAGACGCUCCAAGAGCCCUCGAAGGAGAAGUGGGAGGUCCCACUCCAAAGACCGGAGCAAACCAUCACCAAGUAAAUCCAGGGAUAGGAAGAAAGAGGAGCGGGAUAAAAAGUGCACCAAAACACCACCGAAAAGCUACAGCACUACCAGGAGGUCUCGCAGUAUAGAUCGAAGGCGGAGGAAGAGUCGCAGCGCCAGCCGAUCUCCUAAGAAAUCCCCCAAGAGGAAAGUUUCCAGGACUCCCUCUCCUAGAAGACAUAAGAAGGAGAAGAAGAGGGACAAGGAAAGACAGAAUGACCGGGAUCGAGAGCGCAGGUGCGAUAAAGACCGCAGUCGGGAGGAACGGAAGGAAAAGAAAGAAAGGAGUAAAGAUAAGGAACGGGAAAAGAAAACUGAUGGAGAGAAAGGUGACAUGAAGAUGUCUUUGCAGGUCACCAGAGACUAUGAUGAGGAAGAGCAGGGCUACGACAGUGAGAAGGAGAGGGAGAGGCUGGACAAGAAGGAUUCCGACCAGGACUCCGGAGCCCAGUCUCCUCACUCAGUGGAAGGCAAUGGCACUGGGACUCCCAAAAUCAAUGGUGACGACCACCGCGAAGAGGACGUCGACCACCACGAAGAGGACGACAUGGAUGUCAGUGAUUGAGUCACCUAAUCAUAGAGACGGGUGCAUAGAUCUGUGUACCCAACCCUCCAUUGUUCCCAACCCUCCAUGCUGCACCGACCUUACUGUAUACAGGCUUCAAUCAACUCCAUCCCUCUUUAUCUCACUUGAAUUGUUAGCUUUCUUUUGGAGUGACUAGACAAAAUAGAUCAAUUAGAAGAUGAACCUUAAGACUUCUCACAGUUUUGUCAAUUUUCUGUUUGUAUGGUGUGUGUACAUGAUUCUUUAUUUUGUCCUAUUUCGGCGGUGAAACGGUGUGGUUGGUUGAAAGGUUUAUUGCUGUAAUUUUAAGUGUAUACUCUAGCAAGUGUGCAACCUUUUUUAUUUUUUCCUUCAAGGAUAACGGCAUUUGUGUAUUUGACUUAGUUUUUUGUUUAGUUUCUACUCAUUGCUGGGAGCAGAAGCAGCCAGUUGCACUGCUUAACAAAUUCACUGUAUGUCCAUUUCAUCAGACAUGGCUGCUAGAUGGAGCAGUUUGCUGUGGACUUAGCUUU